AUGCCGACGAGGUGGUUGUCCAUUCGCAAACGGAAUCCUCUUCUUCACAACCCGUCGACCGCUGAACCGACUGCGAAGCAGCAGGACUUUGAUUUUGCCUUUGGGGAUUCAUCUUCGACCGGCCAGAGUGCUGCAGGCAGCGUUGGGCCCAGGCUGGUUCAGAUCCGUCCAACGACAUCCGGUGGCCCAACCGGGAAGCGGAAACUGCGUGUCGAGGUCCCUUCCAUCCGACCGCUGACAUCAGAGAAUCACCGACCCUCACCUCUGCAGAACGUGAAUGGUGUAUCGAAGUCAGAAGACAGCUUGAUAGGCCUGGCUUUUGGCAGUCCUAGUCACCCUCCCGCAUUCUUCUGUGUUCCUCCCGAACAGUCCGGCGUUUUCGAUCAAAGUCCUGUCCUCCGCCAGCAUCAGGAAACCUCGAGCAAUACCGCUCAGAUGAACUCUAAGAGAUGGAGGAAGCUAGGGACGCUGUUCAGAUCUCGACAAGCCGCUAUCAGACGAGAUGAGGUCCCUUCAGGCCCCACGAUAGGCCUUCCGACCGGUUUCGUGGUUUUGGACAAAGACACAGCCUCCGAGACAACGAAAGCUGAGGGAGAUAAGCUGCGAACGACGCAACCAGAGCAUCCCAGACGUGAUGCACCGCCACCCCCAGUCGAGAAGGAUCAAAGAUCCUUGACUGCGAAGACGACGGACUUAGUCAUUCAGAAGCCUGAAGACGACUCAAUCUCAAGACCGUCAACUGCGACCGCGACCGAUUCUGGGUCUGUAAGGGAGCCGUAUACACGCCCGCCUCUACCAAAGCUCGAACUGGAUAUUCCUUUCAAUCUUCCCGCGGCCAAGCGCUCUUCCUCACUUCUUGCAAGACGAAGUAAGGCGCUGGACAGUCUUAAAUCCUUCGACGACAGUCGGCCGACAACGAAGGGAACCGGUAACGGUGAACACGACGACCACAAAGGUCCUGAAUCAGAACCUUCCACGCCACUGAUGCCACCGAGACGACUGACGACGCCAACCAUGACGAGGUCGCCGGCAGCAAGCAAAUAUUCGCUCUUUCCAACCACUUCCCCUGCCCCUGUGAAGAUCGUCGGUCGAGUCCCCGACGCAGGUUAUGAUUACCUGCCACCUACUCAAUUACGAAGAUCAGCCACUUCCCCAGCCCGCCUGUCUCCUAUGCAAGACCACUUCUCCGUGCCAAAGCCACAACCUCUCAAUCCGAUCAAGAUUGCUUCUCCGAACGAUCAGACAAUCAACAGCCCUGAAGAUAAUACGGCGUCGACGGAUCGCGAGCCACCUUGGAGCUCUGCUCACUCGCUCCAAUCAUCUGUUUCUUCCGCAACCACGGUCGACGAAAUAUUCUUCGAUAUCAAGUCAUUUCGAGAUUCCAAGGGCGUAGAGGACGGCCAUUUCGUCAUGACCAGACCUGAUUCGGUCCAAGUAGAGCUUGCUCGGACACGGUCGAAACGGGCACCUCCCCCCAGCCACUUGCGGCACGUGGAAGCUUCAGCAACAGGCGCAAGUGGUGUCUCUGAGCGGCACACCCCGAUUCCACCAGAGCCGCCGGCAGCAUCUAGCGGUGGCCUUUCUGCAUGGACGACGAAGCACACGUCGGUCAACACGGCCUACUUCGACGAAGCAAUUGCUGCAGUGGAGAGACUAACAGCACCCACGGGCAGUGCCACCUCUGCCGCUGAGAAAAUCCCCAGUGUCCCUACGCUCACGAUUGCAAACCAUGACGAAAAAUCGAAUCAACCACCUCCAAUCGUUACCGUCCAGUAUCAAUGGUCGUCCGAUCAUCAGUCUCGACUGGGCAGCAAGACUCACGAAGAAGUUGGCCGUCUGAUCCCUUCGCCCGUGGUUGAAAUAAAGGAAGAUGACUCUCCUAGAUCGAACGCAUCGACCGUGAAGGUUGCGAGAUCACCAUCAGUCCAGCAAUCGCAAGCGCCGAAGAGUGUACCUCCUCGCGUGGCCGCGGUCAAGCGCGUGGAUCGCCCCAUUGACGACUCGCCCACAAUUCCACAAGGCCCUCCCAGCCCAAAGAGAACAGCAAAGUCGAUGACAACAUCACCAGCGGACGACAAGCCGCCCCCAGUCCCGAAAAAGGACGCCAAGUUCAUCCCUCUCUCGAAAUACGCGGCAAAGAGCACUGUGACGGCCAUCGAGCAACGUUCGGGUGUCAUCCCAUCGAGACCUGUGCGUGCUAAUACGGAAGACCUGGCUUUGCGGUCGGCGGCUCCUCGGGCGUCAAAAGAACGAUCUGCGACGUUGCCUUCAUCGCUGCAGCCCCAUUCCCAUGACGCGAUGCAGAAAUCGUCACUACGUGGUCUCGAAAAGACCGUCCCUCCCCGAUCUAAUCCGGUCGCUUCGAAUCCAGUGACUGCAGAAGUCGCAGUUGCGCGAACUGUCUCGCUCUCUCGGAAGCAGUCCGCGCGCAUCCACGUCCCUGGACCCAGACUCGCCGCACGCCGCGCCGAAGCCCAGGCCCAAGCUCAGGCACAGGCCCAAACAUCAUCGCAAUCACAUCUCCGAACUGGCUCUGCACAGAGAAACCAUGCGCGCAAUCCAUCCACCACGUCUCAGAGAUCGAACAAAUCACAACGCUCAUUCCUCGGGGGCGGACACCGGCACAAACGCACGGCGUCUUCGGCUAAGUCAGCCUCUCGCGGCUCCAAAGACCUCUCCGGCGCCAAGAACACUCUCAAAGUCACCAAGCCGCAGCCAGACGGCAAGGCUGGGUCCACGUUUGGCAAAUUGCUGUGGAGCAAGGAGUCGGAAAAGCAGCUCAUCAAGGAGGCGCGCAAGUGGGAGAUUCUCGAGAAGAAGAGCUACAGUCCAAUCGUGGUACCAGCCGCGCGAGGACACCGGCCUGGAGUCAGUGUCGGUGUUGUUCUAGAGAAUGUGUGA